AUGGCCACCACGGCACGGCAUCUCUGUCGGUCAUUGUUUCAGGUCAGUCGACAGAUACCCGUGAAGCGAAAAUGUCAAGCAGCCCAGUCGCAGCUCUUUACGCAACGGCAUCGAGUCACGGGCACGAGCGUACAAUUUCGGUCACUCUCGACAUCUUGGCCGCGCCGGGCGGACAACAAUCGAAGAACCGGUGCGUUCGACCAGGACGGAGACGAUGACGAAGAUGGCGAAGACCUGGACCUCAGCAGACCUCCUGAAGGCGGCUACAAAGUCCCCUCCGCGCCCAUCACCCUCGCCGACCUCGAUCCCGACGAACUGGCCGAUUUUCAAAUGCUCUCGCCCAAGGACCAGGAGUCAUACCUGGCGCUGCAGAAUCACUAUGCCGCCGAGUUCGAAGAAGCUGGGAUCAACUUCAACGCCGACCCCAACGCCCAGGACCCGUUGAUGGAGCGGCUUGUCGACAGUGUGGACCGGGAAAUCGGCAAGGAAGUCGAGCCGCUGGAUUUCCCCGACGUCCCGCUAAAGGGCAACGAGGUGGGAUUCUGGGCCUUGGACGAGGAGGACGAUGACUUCACGCAGGUGGAAGAUGGCGACGAGGAGUGGGACGAGAGUGCCAUCUCAAGUGUGGCGCACAGCGAGUUGGACCUCCACCGAGAGAUCAGAGAGUACACGCGGGUCAUUGCGUGGGAUAUGCCCUUAUUACAACAGUUUGCCAAACCAUUCACACCCCCGACGGAGGCCACGCCCCUGCGUUUUCGCUACACCACGUACAUGGGGGAACACCACCCGGCGGCCCGCAAAGUGGUCGUGCAGUUCUGUUCGAAAGACCUCCCGAACCUUACCGAGAAGCAGCGUCUCAAGCUGCUCAAGCUCGUCGGCCCGCGCUACAACCCGGACACGGACAUGAUCAAGAUGUCGUGCGAGGCCUUCGAAGCGCCCGCGCAGAACAAGCGAUAUUUGGGCGACCAGGUGAAGAAGCUGCUGGACGAGGCGCGCAACGGCAAGGACACGUUUGAAGACAUCCCGCUCGACCUGCGGCACCACAAGCCGCAGAAGAAGAUCGAGUUUCCCGAGAACUGGAAGCUGAAGCCCGCGCGGGUCCGGGAGCUGUUGAUCGCGAGACAGGAGCAGAAGCUGCUGGGCCAGACGGCGGCACAGCAGGCGGCGGCGCCGGCGGUCCUCGACGGCAAGGAGUUGGUGCACGAUUAUGUUCGGGCGUUGGGACGGCCGCCGGCGCCCUUGUUGAGACCGUCGUAA